ACGUCUGUCAGUCCAUCCUCACUCACUCGAUCCUCGCCACGGUCUCGCGGCCGCUCUGUCCGGUUCUCUUCCUCUCGAGUCCUCCACGGAUAAUCCCGUCGUAUAAGUGCACCGAGCUCCGCGAUUCGAGGUCGCCUCGUCGUCGAUCCAACCGUCGCGCACGGACCGGCCAGACCCGUGCCCCGCGAUAUAUCGUUCCGUUUCGAGACUCCCGACUGGCUGGAACCAGCCCAGCCACAGGGUCGAGCAGGAUGACCCUGGCCAGCCUGGGAAGGAUCAUCGCCGUCCUCGCGUUGCUGCUCCUGGAAACAUCCUGGACGAGGGGCAAGCCUCAGCAGAUCAAACCAGCGUGCAGGUACGAGGGUCGCAGGUACCAGGAGGGCACGUCUGUAGCAACGGCCGAGCCCUGUUUGCAGUGCAGGUGUAUCGAUGGCGCCCUCAGAUGUCGUCUUCGAGUUUGUCCACGGUUACCGAAUCCACCUCCACCGGGGUGCCGUUUUCGUCCACCAGGAGAGAACGUGUGCUGCGCCGAACUGAUUUGCGGCGACACACGCGACUCCGAGAACGCUUUGAGAAGGUCCAACGUUCACGUGGAGCAGGAAGAGACGUACGAGAAGGAUUAUACGAAUUCUCGCUUUCAAGGUUGCCUGCACGAGGGCGUGAGAUACGGGCCAGGUUCGGCGAUGAUGGGCUCGCGCAGAUGCGAGUACUGCUACUGCAUCUCCGGUGCAAGAAGAUGCAUCAGACCGAAGUGCCUGUUGCCCCUGCCAGGAUGCACUCCUCUCUAUGCGCCGCACUCGUGCUGCCCGGUUGCCUACAAUUGCACCCAUCUCCACCCGUCCACCCUGGCGCCAGUCACGGGAAAUGGAUGUCGCGUCGGAUCACGGGUUUACGAGGAGGGCGAGAUGGUCAGGGACAUCGAGUGGAAGGCUGCCUGCGACAAUUGUUUCUGCGCGAUGGGCGCGGUGCGUUGCGUGCCCCUCGCCUGCGCUCCACCCCUUCAAGGCUGCACCCCCAUCGUACGCGACGGACACUGCUGUCCCUCCACCUACAACUGCAGCGGUAGCAUCGAGGUUAAGGCCACCCAGAACUACGCCUCGUACGCGUUCAUCAGCAAGGACUACGCCAAGUUUCGCAAGGAGACCAAUUUCUUUCCUGCAGCGGAGCAAAUAACGAGCCUUCCGGUGGAGGGUCGCGGUCAUCGCGUGGUCGAGGAACGAAUCGAUUCGAGCACGACGGACCGUGAGGAGUCCUCGAUCCCCACCGAUCCCACGUCAUGGCCUUCCACGUUCGAGACCGACAUCAUGGACAACGAGAUCCUGGUGGAGACGGUGGCCAACGUCAAGUCCAGCCCUGAAAUCCCCACCACGACGCCAGGCUUCCUCGAGGAGCUGACAACCAUGGUCGACUCGACGACCCUGGAGUCGACCUUGGCCAGCAAAGAAGAUGACUCAGCCAACGACCUUUCUACGACGUUCUCGACGAGCACCGUGGAGGGAUCUACGAUUACCACGAUCGAGGAUCUCUCAUCCUCGGAGGACGCCACCACUGAUCGAACAACCCCCUUACCGGAAGUAGUUGGAAACGAUACAGUGACGGAGGAGGAGACGAAGAUCAACGUGACUGUGAGGAACAAGGAUACUGUCGCCUCCUCGAAUUUGACUCAGGCAGCGUUCAAAGAAGACUUCGACCAUGUGAACUUCACGAUGGAGCCAGCAGAGACAACGGAGUCCAUAACUAAAGGGGCGCCCGCCAAAACGUCAUCCAGUGUACUAAUGCCGGAUGACAUCCUGGUGAUGAACGUUACCGUGAAAACGAACGUCUCGGUGGGUCACAUUCAGGGUGUCACGAUAAACCCGAUUAGGUCAAUUCCGCCGGACGUCGAAGCCAUACUGAACAUCACUCACAGAGAGAAGGGAGUGGACUACGAUUACGAUUACGACGAGCCAACGUUACCGCCGUCGCUACCGAAUGUCAGGAUAAUUCCAUUCGUGGCGGCAGACGCGCUGGUCAAAGACAAGACGGUUCCGUCGCCUGUCACGGGGUAUCCUUCCGGAUCGGUGGUCGUACCGCCCGAGCUACGGCCGACUGACACUUCUGGAUUUUACGAUAUCGCUACUCAGGAAAACAGAUUCAGUCCGCCUGUGGAGACCGAAGGUGGCUUCGUGCCGAGAGAACCACCCUAUUUCGGCGCCCCUUAUCACUCCACGGACCUGAAUCUGGAAAUUGGCACAGCCGUCACUGUUGUUCCAGCGCCCAUCACGAAUUCUCACCGCAAAGGCGAUGCCGGGAACUGUCUGUUCGAGAAUAUGGAACACCGCCACGGCGAGAUUCUGCCGAGCAGCAAUAUCUGCGUGAUUUGCAUGUGUUACUACGGCGAAGUGGUGUGCUCCUCGGAGAAGUGCCCGCCUCUGAAGAUCGGCUGUCGAAGAAUAAACACCGAGGAAACCUGCUGCGGGAAAAUCGUCUGCGUGGAAGCAGAGGAGUCGCCCACGGUGGUGUUGGACCGCGCGGACGCCACCGCGCCAUCCCUCCAUCAGCCGAUCGUGUCACCGGAUCCGUUCCGCGAUGUGAUCAAGACGGAACCGGCGCCCGAUCUGCCUUCUCUUAUAGAAGACAUGAUCCCCUACCUGGUGGAGCACGGUAUCACCACACCCAGGACGACCACCACGACAACCUUGAACCCUCUUCAAACCCAAGGAUCCAAUCAUCCCCCGCACACGUCCAACUUCGAUUACAUGGACGAGCUGCCACUGAUCCAUCCGUACGAUUACAGCCAGGAAGAAGGAAACGACGAGCUCCUCUCCAAGAAUAAAUACGCCGCCAAUCGAGACGGAAGCGAGUCGCACCCCGAGGAAGGGAUAUCGACGAGUUACAAUUCGAAGGACAGCGAUCAGACACCGAACCACGUUUCGGAGACUGUCCCGAUAAAGGGAGACUUCGAUAGGGGCGGUCUGUCGGGAAUGGUUCACACCACUUCCCACCCUACCAACACCGUAGAUUCUAUUCCUUUGCAGUCAAACAGCUCGAGGAACGCUUCCACUGUGUCGCCAGCUAAGGAUCCGGUUAAGAUCGACGACGUCAAGGUUCGUUCGACGACUGUGAAACCUUCCGAAGACGUGGAGACUCUGUUCUCCCUGGACAGUGUCCUUGACCUCCUGUUCAACUCUGAUAACGAACCCAGCAGCGAGGGUACCAGUACCCGUACCAGUACCACGGGUGCAUCCACCACUGAGAGGUCUACAUCGGACAGGAACGUUACGCAGGUGACGGAGGACGCGAGGGAGCCCGUUGCGGAGUCCGCGACGCCCUCGAAGGUCCUGGAGAACGAGAUCCCGGUCUCUGUGACCGGUCUGCUGAAGCUGGCCGGGUGUAAUAUUUACGGGAGGAUGUACCGCGUCGGGAGGAUCAUCACUGAACUAUCCGGGCCUUGUUUGGAGUGCAGGUGCACGGAGAUAGGCGUCCAGUGCAAGCAGCUGCAGUGUUGAUGGGAGUCCGGUGACGUCGAGGAGGUUGUCUUUCUUUCUCGCUGCUGACGGGAUAGGUUAAGUCUAGGAUCGAUGCGUUCACUGAUAAGCGAAGGAGCCAAUCGAUGGUAGGGAAAUUGGCCACCGGCGUGACUGAGCGAAUUGGCCACCUAUUUUCCGAAUGGCCAUCCUUUUAAACACGUUCCGUGCCGGUUGAAAGGGAGUUUUUAAAAGUCAAUCGACUCGCGGGGUGCGUCCUGAAGACGACGGUUCCUCUUCGACUGUAGGAUGUUAUUUGUUCUCCAAUCUCGAUGACCUUGAGGUCAGGUUGUAGGGAGACUUUAACGCUUUUUGUUUCUAUUACCGUGGCGAAGGGGAAAAUCUUCUAAAAGACACCCCUAAGAUGUUGUUGGGGCUGGUGUCAGAUUUUUACUGACUAACCGUCCACCACUUGACUUGACCUUCAAGUAACCUACAAUGUUGCAUUUAACGAUGCAGUCAAUCGAAAUACGAAGAACCUCAUCUUAUUGGUUCAUUCCAAGUCCUAGUGUCUCCUGUACUCAUGGCACAAAAUUUUCCCGAGUCUCUUAAACACACAUUUAAUCUGGCCAAACUGAGAAUCCGAAGAAAGCUAUUCCAGGACCAUUUUUCUACCAAAGAGUUCUCUCGUGGUUGCCUAAUAAUUCUCGCCAUGUCCAGCCACUUUCCCGUUUGGUCGUUAAUUAAUUACUCCCGCAGGAGUAACCAACGAAAUACAUUCUCGGAGGUGAAGUUUUAAGGGUCGAAUCAUAAAACUAUUCAAUUAUCCUCUCCCCAACCCCUGGCCCCGUCAGCCACCAUCUCACGUUAAGAUUCUCUCCCCUUAUUCCAGCCGCGUCGUUGACCAGCCCAUAAACGCCCCCUUUAGAAAGGAUCCACGGCCACCUGGGGGAUCGAUCAGGAUGUAAUUGUGAGGAAUAGUCCUUCCGUGCUUCGCAAGGAUAAGUGGAUAGAGACGUAAGUUAGUGCCUCUGCUUGGCUCCUCCGCUUUAAUGGGAAUUAUCCUCGCCUAUAUAGACGUCUCAUUUUGAUUUAUCCGUGCAAUUUAUCUCGCGCUGGUUAAAUGCAAAAGAUCCGGGAGCCCGGGACUCGGGUUAUCUUGUUGAGUUAGCACAACUCUUCGGUAUCGACGUAAUCGGGGAUCGUCGACAGGUUUGCAACCGAAGAGGGGGUUUUCAGACUCAUUCGUUGACCCAUUCGUGCUUUUUCUCCUCUUUAGGUCACGGUUGAACUUGGAGGGAACCUUAAAACUGUUCGACUUUGUUCCAAUGGCGAGGCUAAUUAGUCCAGAUUCUCGAGCCUUUGUUUCUCAUGUUCCUCGAAAAUGCUUUCUUAGUUGUUUCUUUGCAACCACUUUUUUUGUCGAACCGUCUUUUAAUAGUUGGGCCAAGGCCGCGUUCAUAUAGGAGCGGCGGGGAUUUUUACAGAGGAGCUAGGAAAUUUAUUCUAAAGGUGAAGCGACUGGACGAAUAAAUUCCUAUCACCUCGAAGGAAUGUUUUAGCUCCCUAGAAAACUUCUGUUAAUUAUUAUCAGUCCAACUCCGUUUUCUAUUUUUCUAGAAUUAUUCAAUCGGUAAGGACUAUCAAAUUGUCGCCUAUACGUUUUCAAUUCUACAGUUAAAUAAAGAGGACCAGUACGGAGCGAUCGCCCCGAAGAGUGAUUUUAUUUAUUAAGAGUGGCACGAAUAAACCGUGGCUUCGUCGGUAACAUGACCGUCACCGUAGGUACACUUAAUCCUGUAUUUUUUUUUUCUUUCAUAGUUAUCGCGUAGAAUUAUGUAAUUAUAGAUCUAUUGUGAUCCGUGCGACGAGGUGGCGAUUAAUCCACGUUUUUAUUACUAUUAAAUUCACAAAUAAUUCAGAUUUAAUCGAGCGAACGAUGGUCCAGUCCCAAAACUGGAAAGGCAACCGUUGUUUCCCAUUCCUGAAUAAUUUAUAGGUAAAACGUACGAAACAACAAUUUCCGCCGUCGUUUCGCGCGGGGCUACCGACAGAUUAAGUCAACAGAAUAUUCACCGUCGGGCGCGUCGCGUCAACAGUCUCGCUGUGAAAAGUUUCCGUGUUGAUAUUAGAAACGCGAAAGUCGCGCAGAGCGAUUCGAGAACCAUAACAGGUUUGCUUGCCUCCGAGUCUCGAACCUUUAUGCGGGCUUUCCGCCGAUGUCUACGUUUAUGCACCGUAUUUCUAGAGAUGGUGGCCUUUAUAAGUGAGAUCGCUCGGAACGAUAGUUUCCAAGCUCUCUUAAAGGGUCUCGCUUUCGAAAUAAAGGGAACUUUUGGCCCAAGGUACAUAGAUGAAAAGUUUGUUCUGUUUAUUGAAUUAGAUUACGUUGUUUAGCUUGCUGAUAUCUCUGGGCCAAUGCAUACAUUAUAUUUUCUGCGUUCUACAUAUUAAAGUAGGACGAUGUGGAUCGUAGAAAUUGGAGUAAUAUAUUCGUAUGAUACAAUAACAGAACAUACAAAAAUCGAUGGAUAUUCUACGCUCUAAAUGGAACGAAAAAGUCCUAACAAAUAUCUCCCCCAAAAACCAUUCCUUUCGGAGAUACAGGUGUCCGAAAUUUCGGUGUGACUCGCAACGCCUUAGGGGAGACAUUCAUGAUAGCGUUGCGCCAAAGAGUCCGCGCUCCGACUUCAAUCAGUUGUAACUCGAAAAUCAAUCGCGCAUGGGCCUUCGUUCCCCAGGACUUUUUUCUCUAUUUUUACACGUAGAAUGCAGCCCUAAAUUUUUAAAAUUUUGUUCUUAGCAUAACUCAAAAUAACUGGCAAAAUAAUUUACCUGUGACCCGUAUUAAAUUCUUCCAUUUCAAAUUCUUUCAUCUUUUAUCCUAGAAUUAUUAUUAAAAAUUGGUCAGGCCUGCGAAGCAUUUCUCGACGAGCUCGCCACGACUAUCGUUGUUCUAGAAUUCGUAUCGAAUAGGAGCCUUAAGAUACCGCUAAGUUUCAUUGUCGCUCAAGGACGAAAGCAAACCGAGAGUUUCACUUACCGUCGUCAGCAGCGUGAUCGUAGAUCGUAAGAGUAGCCAGUAAUUGAUGUAAUCGAUCAAGACUAUAGUAUCAGACGCGUGGGAACGAGUGGAAACGAAUCCCUCGCCUCGGACGCGUUCUCUCUCUGCAAGUACUCCUCUCGUUCUUCCCAUAAUGUUUUUUCUCCUCCGUUUAAGAAUUAAAGGCACGCUUGAAUCGCAUUGGAAGGGAUGACGGAAAAGCGCACAGUCGUUUCUGUAUCGCGUUGCAAGGCCGUAACUUCGCUCUGAAUGCCGCACAGAGGCUUGUACUAUACGUUUUAUGUUCGUCGUAAUAAACGUUUACGGAAUUCACG